AGUUAUCAGAUCAUUUUCAGAAAAGAUCAGUGGUCCAGAAUGAUGAAAGCGGUACUUCUCACAGUGGCACUUGCGGUGUCUUUCGCGUGCGUUGCAUUUGUACAACAAGCAGCUGGAUUUCCUUUUCCUAUUGAGGAGGAAGAACGGCAGGAAGCGCUCGUGGAAGAGGGAAACCUCAACGACGAAGCAAAUUAUUCUCUAUCAGCUUCUCCAGAAUACGUAGACGAGUUUUCCAACAACACGCUCGCUGACAACACAACACCAACAUACAUUGAACAUUAUGACACCACAACGCCAGAGAAAAACUUGGAGCGACACAAGCGACAAGAUGAAGAAGGUGACAAUGACGCAGAGGAUGCAGAAGAAGGAGAUGGGGAAGAAGGAGAGGGAGAUGGAGAAGAAGGAGAGGGAGAUGGAGAAGAAGGAGAGGGAGAUGGGGAAGAAGGAGAGGGAGACGGAGGAGAGGAAGAAAAGGAAGAAGGAGAGGGAGACGGAGGAGAGGAAGAAAAGGAAGAGGACGGAGGGGACGAAGGAGAAGAAGAGAAGGAAGAGGAAGGUGACGAAGGAGGCGACGAAGAAGAGGAAGAAAAGAAAGAAGAGGAUGAAGGCGACGAAGAGGAAAAGAAAGAAGAGGAUGAAGGCGACGAAGAAGAAAAGAAAGAAGAGGAUGAAGACGACGAAGAAGAAAAGAAAAAAGAGGAUGAAAAAGACGGCGAAGAAGAAGACGAAGAAGAAAAGGAGGAGGAAAACGAGGACAAGGUAAUUUUUCGUGGAUUUGAAGCUGGGCAAGAUGAGAACGUUGAAUCAUCUGAAUGUGGGUGCCAAUCUCAAGAAUGCAAGCAUUUCAUAACAAAGGGGGAACAAUAUGAUGUAGACCAGAUUCAUGCUUUGCUUGCGUAUGUGGCCAAAGCGAAGAGCUCUGACCUGAUGGAGGCCCUCCAGAAUCUAUCUGAAGGACAAACCCUUUGGAUCAGGCCUAUCCACAACCAAAACGUCCACUUCGGUUACCAUCCUGAAACAAGAUGCCCGAAUCCUGUGCGACUCAUCAAGUCCUGGGAAGACGCAGAAUUUUUCAUCAAUCUCUGGGAAUGCUUGGAGAACAAGAAGAAAGGCUAGUUGAAGACAACUAUUGAACACGACAUCUCUGAACAACACUCCAAAUUACAGAUUGAAAUAAAACAAACCAUUCUUCACUUUCCAACAUA